AUGUCCAAGCUUGCUGUGGCCACAGAGGCCGUCAAGGAGGCCGUGGUUGGGACGCACGAGCCUGAGCAGCUCGCUGCUCACACCAAGGCCCGCUUCGCUCAGUUUGCUGUCAAGGACGCUGACUCAGGCGAGCUAUUCCUUGGACCUGAAGAGUUCAUCAACGCUGUUGCGCCCAACGGCGAGGACUAUCACAAGAUCUCUCGCGACCAGUAUUCUAUUCUCUUCAGCGUUGCCGAUGUUAAUGGCAAGGGUAAAGUAACCCUAGCCGACUGGGGAGUGUUCGAGCACCUCCUCAGCAAGCCCGAUGCCGAAUACCAGAUCGCCUUCCGUCUGUUCGACGUCGAGCGCGAUGGCACUGUCAAGUAUGACGAUUUCCGCGCUCUCUACGAGCUCAACAAGGGCCCCGACAACCUUACCUUCGACUGGGAAUCUGAUUGGGCCAAGAUCUAUAUCGGCAACAAGAAGCACCGUCACCCUCUCGACUACCCUCAGUUCUGCCAAAUGCUGCGCGGUCUCCAGGGUGAGCGCGUCCGACAGGCUUUCCACCAGCUUGACAGGGACGGCGAUGGCUUCAUUAGUGGUGAAGAGUUCGAGCGCAUUAUCGUCGAGACAGCCCGCCACAAGCUGUCUGAGCACAUUCUCGACAAUCUACACACUCUUGUCAACCUCUCCAUCGGAUCCAAGAUCUCGUAUGCCAAUGUCCGUGCUUUCCAGAACGUGAUCGGUGGCAUGGAUCUUGUUGAGCUCAUUUUGCGCCGCGCCAUUGACGAGAGCAGCGAUGGCAAGAUCACUCGUCCUGAGUUUCUGAACGAAGCUGCCAAGCUCACCCGCUUUUCUCUCUUCACUCCUAUGGAAGCUGAUAUCCUUUUCCACUUCGCCGGUCUUGAUGAGCCUUCUGGUCGUCUGGGACUUUCCGAUUUCGCCAAGGUCCUCGAUCCCUCAUGGCGCAACCCCAUUUACGACGCUGUUGAGCACACCAAGGCUAAGAUUGCCAGCGGGAGUAUCAUGAUGAGUGUCCUACAGUCCGGUUACAACUUUGGUCUGGGCAGUAUCGCUGGUGCCUUUGGUGCAUUCAUGGUGUAUCCUAUUGAUUUGGUCAAGACACGACUGCAAAACCAGCGAGGUGCUCAACCUGGUCAGCGCCUUUACAAGAACUCAAUCGAUUGUUUCCAGAAGGUCAUCCGUAACGAGGGGUUCCGUGGCCUCUACUCUGGUGUAGUGCCUCAGCUGAUCGGUGUCGCUCCUGAGAAGGCCAUUAAACUGACUGUCAACGAUCUUGCCCGAAAAUAUUUCACCGACAAGAACGGCAACAUCACACUCCUUUCUGAAAUGGUUUCUGGUGGUUCCGCUGGUGCCUGCCAAGUUGUUUUCACCAACCCUCUCGAGAUCGUCAAGAUUCGCCUCCAAGUCCAGGGUGAGGUCGCCAAAACCGUCGAAGGAACUCCUAAGCGAUCGGCUAUGUGGAUUGUGAAGAACUUGGGUCUCGUUGGACUGUACAAGGGCGCAUCGGCGUGUCUGCUCCGUGACGUGCCCUUCUCGGCCAUCUACUUCCCUACCUACAGUCAUCUCAAGAAGGACUUCUUCGGCGAAUCCCCGACCAACAAGCUGGGCGUUCUGCAGCUACUGACUGCUGGUGCUAUCGCUGGUAUGCCCGCUGCCUAUCUGACGACUCCUUGCGACGUUAUCAAGACCCGCCUCCAGGUUGAGGCUCGCAAGGGUGAGGCCACAUACAACGGUCUGCGACACGCUGCCCAGAUGAUCUGGAAGGAGGAGGGCUUCACCGCCUUCUUCAAGGGUGGUCCUGCUCGUAUCUUCCGAUCAUCCCCCCAGUUUGGUUUCACCUUGGCUGCGUACGAGGUUCUCCAGAAUCUUCUGCCCAUGCCUGGCACUCAGAAGGAGAAGAUCCCCACCGGAGUGUCAGAUGCUGUGUCAACCGUCAAGGGCAGCCUGGACACUAGCCCAUUCGGCCGCAGCCGCAACGCCCUCAAGGUGAUUCUUGAUCUUGAUGAGGACUUUGGCAAGGUCAAGCUUCCCAACCAGCAGGGAUGGCGAUCAUUGCCAAGAAUCAUGGGAGGUGGUGGCCAGUAA